GACUGUCAUCAGUCCUGUCCCGAUCGGACCUACAGUGCGAACGUCACCAUGGUGUGUGCUCCGUGUGAAGACAAACAAUGUGUAGUCUGUGACCAGUCUCAGUGCUACUGGUGUGAAGAGGGAUUCUACGUCUUUGAUGACAAGUGUGUGGAUCACUGUAAGGAAGGUUUCUUUGUGGAUGAGGAGAGCCGGGACUGUGAGCCUUGUCACCGCGCCUGUCGUACCUGCGGAGGGCCACAAUAUGAUGACUGUGACUCCUGCGAAGAUAAACUCACGCUGAAAAACGGGGAGUGUUUAAAGAGCACACAGCUGGCUUCCUGCCCUGAGACACACUUCAGAAACAGUCAGGGUGAAUGUGAGCUGUGCCACUCCUCCUGUAAGACUUGCUCUGCGGAAAGGAAGGAGGACUGCAACAGCUGCUACUCAGGUCGUUUUUUCACUUCCCGGCAGACCUGCAUGUCACGUUGUCCAGCUGGCACUUUUGCCAACAAGAUGUCGAGCCAAUGUGAAAACUGCUUGAAAGGAUGUAUCACGUGCCAGGACGCCAAGCAGUGCCAGCGCUGUCGCAGUGGGCUUUACCUCCAAGAUGGAGUGUGUGUGGUGGAUUGUCAGAGAGGGUUUCCUCAAGGUGGUUUAUGCAAUCCGUGCGCCCCAGAGUGUGCAUCCUGUCAGGGAAAUUCGUCUCACUGUCUGAGCUGUGAGAAACAGUUCUUGCUGUUGGACCACUCAUGCAGGUCUCACUGUCUAGAGGGCUAUUACAGCAGCGAGACAGAAUGCCAUCGCUGUCCAGCUCACUGUAGAGAGUGCAGUCAAGAUGGCCUGUGUAAGAAGUGUGCAAAGUACUACUUCCUCCAUGAGGGUAAGUGUGUGGAUGAUUGUCCCAUUGGCUUCUUUGCCAGCGAGAAGCAACAGGAGUGUGUGCGUUGCCAUGCUGAUUGUGCCUCUUGUGACGGACCGGGUUUUGAUGACUGUGACGUGUGUCGCCACCCGAAAGCUGUCCGCUACAACGGAGAGUGUCUGGCUAAGUGUCCCAGUAACACUUACUAUGAUGCCACUACCAAUGAAUGCAGAGAUUGUGACAGAUCAUGUCUGACCUGCUCAGGUCAUGAGCCCUCAUCCUGCCUCAGCUGCGACACCAGCAGGCGUAAAGAUGCCAGCGGACACUGUGUGUGGUUCAGUCAGUGCUCUCUGUACUCAUACAUGGACCAUAAUGGGGAGUGCCAACCGUGUGACAAACUCUGUCAUCGCUGUUCUGGGCUGGGCAAAGACCUCUGCCUCAGCUGCAACGAGCCACACUUCCUACUGAACAACACUUGUGUGCAGGAGUGUCCUGUGGGUUACUACGCAGAGGACAAGGACGAACGUGUGUGUGAGCGCUGCCACUUCAGCUGCAAGUCAUGUGUCGGCCGUCACAGUUUGCAGUGUGUCAACUGUAAAUCGGGAUUCUUCAAGCAGGGGAGCAGCUGUGUCGAAACCUGUUCAGAGAGUCACUUUGGCAACACCACCACCAUGGCUUGCGAGCAAUGUGACCCCUCUUGUAGCCAGUGUUGGGGUCGUGGUAACAGAAACUGUCUGAACUGUCGGGAGGACUACGUCUACCUGAGGCAGAGGGGACAGUGCCUGCAGAGCUGCCCUUCAAGCUACUACCAACACCGCCACGCUAAGACCUGCCACAAGUGUCACCCCACCUGCAAGACCUGCAGCGAUGAGGGCGCUCUGACCUGUCAGUCCUGCUAUGAAGGCUACAAGUUUAUGGGAGGCAUCUGUGUAUCCCAGUGUCUCUUAGGCUUCUACAGUUCACAGGGCUCUGAGUCCAAGAGCGAUGAGCCAAACUGCAAGCCAUGUGACCCAUCCUGCGUGGACUGCCGGGGUCAAAGCAUGUGGAGCUGCACAGUGUGCCCCGCACUCCAGAUCCUCUCUGAAGAUGGCCGCUGCUUGUCCUGCUGUGGAAAUGAGACACGCUAUGACGAUAAACCAAUACCCUGGAAGUGCUGUGACUGCAAGGCCUCACGAGUGGAGUGCAUCGAGGGCGUCAACUUUGUGUUGAUGGAAGCUGGAAAUUUAGAGGCUCAAGGCAAGACCGCUAAACUCUUUGUCAUUGCCUGUGUUAUACUUAUCGUCUUUGUGGGCGGGGGGGUCUUCCUCUUCCUCAAUGCUCGAUCUAAAUCACUUGCCAUCGCACCUAAAACCAAACCUGGAGGAUAUGAGAAACUGGACAGCAAUACAGGCAUCGCCUCACAACCCACCACCUCUUCAUUCGGAGAAUACAAUGACCGAAUCAUUGAGUGUGAAGAUGAUGAGGAAGACAACGAUGAUGGUGAUAUUGUGUACAUGGGACAAGAUGGGACAGUGUAUCGGAAGUUCAAGUACGGGCUGUUGGAUGAGGAUGAGAUUGAGUUAGAGUACGAUGAUGAGAGCUACUCAUACAGAUGAAAAGAAAAUAGUGAAGACCUGACUGGAGAGAAGCAGCUCCUCCUUACUUAUCUUUGUAUUCUAGACAUGUUGUGACAAUUGUUUCUCACCAUCCCUCAGAUACAUGAUGUCUAUUUAAUUAUAGUUUUUUUUAAGUUGGUGGAGCAAUCAAGGGUGACAAGCACACAUAAUGGCUUUACAUUUCAAAUACAUUUUAGUCACACCAGCCAGGUACCAAUCAAUAUGUUAUAUAUUUAUGACAUUUACGAUGGCUGGUAAAGUCAUUGUGACUGUCAUCCGAGCCAUUUGACAGAUACGGCUGCUGUGUCAAGCUGGAUGUUCACUUACUAGUGGUCUAGUCUCAAUUUCAAUAAUUCAGAUUUACUGUUGGAUUAUGCAACCUAUUCUUUUGAUUGGGAAGAGGAGUUAUAUUUCUUAUUACAAAACCUCAGGGGAAGUUGUGAAUGUACUGACAAUCAUAUUCAUUUUUCAUGUUUUUGUUUACAUUUUUCUAGAAUAAAUUGUUUAAUUUGAAGAAAAUAUUGCAUGUUUACACAGUGGUUAUUGUCCGCUUAUAUUGCUUAGAGAAAAGACAAUCUUACACAAUAAUACAUAUUAGGAAGAUUUUUGCAGAGUUAGAUUUAUAUCAACAAAAUGUGGAUAUAAACAUCUUAUAAAACACAGUGACAUGUUAUAAAUCUCAUUACGUUUAAUUGCACAUUUCAUGUUAAUAACAACCCAGUUUACUCCACAUUUGGUCAGAAUGCUAAAGUAAUAUACUUCCUCUGUUUCUGCAUCAUCUGGUUUAAAGCUCUGAAUAAUCACUGUUGUAACAUUAGUGUCAGUAUUUUCUUUGUUACACUUUGUCUUUGUUUGAUUUGUAAGCUGGACUGUGUAUCGCACUGCUGGAGUCACAUCAAAAUCCAAAGCAAACUUUACACUGAAGUACAAUCUGUAACCCUGUGUGGUACUGUUUGGAUCUUUUUAGUUUAGUUCACACAGAGAGGAAAAAUCUUUUCUCAGUGUUUUUUUUAAUCUUGUUUAGGCCUUGUCUGUACGUGUUUCCAGUUAACUGCUCAAAACAGGGCAGAAAGUUGCAGGUGAAGUGAUUUUUCAAGGACUUUUCCCUCAAAUAUGUUUCUUUUAGCUAUACUCGAGCUCUGCUUUGACUCCAGGGUUGUGCAUUUGCCUUUUAUUGCUGUCUGCCUGAGAUAAAAACAGGCCUGCGACCCACUCACGAUAGUCGAUAGUGUGAAAAGUAAAUAAUUAGGAUCUUUCUCUGUACUUGGUUGAGGUGAAAU